UUUGCGGAACACGGUCAGGCGGCUCAAGCAAGAGCUAAGAAACGUGACGUAUCGGCCCGUAAACGAUGAAUUUGUGAUUCCAAAAUUCGAUCCAUCGCGAGACAACGCAGAUGUCGAGCAGUGGGUGCGACAAGUGGACCGACUUGCGCACCGAUACCGAUGGACAGACGACAAUAUCUUACUGGUCGUCGCGCGGAAUCUGAAGGGUCAUGCACGUCGUGUGUACGACGAAGAAAUGGCCAACGACCAUACCUGGGGAUCGCUGAAAUCGGUGCUGAAACGACGGUUCAAGAAACCGUUGCCGUUUGCUCGGUUGCUGCUGGAAGCCGCAACAUACACGACAGCUGCCUGGAGGAUGCGGUUAUUGGCAGGAUAGCAGACGAAAAUAUUGCCCGGACUAUUCGGUCGAAAAAAUACAACGACAUCGACGAGCUGUAUGCAGCUAUGAACGAGAUGGGGUCGAUGCCGCGAGCGACAGCGCCGAAAAUUAUUCCACGGCCGGCGGCAUAUCAGCGUGGGCCUAUUAACAAGACCGAGCCGACGGCUUCUACGUCGACGGCGAAGCUGACGUCAUCCACGCCGGCGGAGGCCACCCAACGGCCGUCAAUUGUCUGCUUUAAUUGCGGGACGGUUGGCCACAUUUCGGUAAAGUGCCCUAAAACAGCGGUCAUCUGUAAAUCCUGCGACAAAAAGGGACACCUGGAUCGAUUUUGUUCCCGACUCAAACGCGUGAAUGCGACUCAGGAAAUUCGAGACAGCUCGCCUAAACAUUGGCGCAUGGACGACAGGGCGCGAUGCUGCGAUGCCAGCCCCCGUCAUAAAUAACGUCGAAGGCCCUUCAAGAGCCUUCAUUGACGGGGCUACGCAGAGACUUUCCCAGGCCGGGAAAGUCACUUCUUGGCCAGCUAUCGUCGAGAAUAGAGCUCAUCGAAAUAAAAUAUCAUUUGUUAAAGAAUAUUCGGCGUUCUAUUCUUGCAUUUAUUUAAUCGUCUUACAGAUAUAUUUUUUAAAACAAACAAUUUCCAUUAUGAUGUACAUGAACUUGGGUUAUAAUUUUCGAAAAAGCAGUGGAAACAAAAUUUUUAAUCACCAUGUACAUCGAAUGAAUGCUUUAGAUUCACAACUGCAAAAUUGUUUAUUUAAUUCUACUGGGAAUACCGCUUGAUUUACGUUAAUGAAAUGUACUCGAUUUUUUGAUAGCCAUGAUGCGUAUCAAACAUAUCUAUGUAGAAUAGAGAUAAAUAUAUUGAAAUUCAUUAUACAAAUAGAAACAAGUACAGCAAUGUCUCGAAAUAAGUAACUCGAUCGGGACCGGCGAAUUGCUUAUUUCGAAACAGUUAUGGUAUAUUCGGCUUGACCGUUCUCGAGCGUGACGAGGAGGAACCCGUAGACAAAACAGGGGGUUCGGUGUAGCGGCAAACUAUAAAGUCAUCGCUCGAGCACGGGUGUUAUACUUUGGAGAAUGAUAGAAGAUAACAUGCUUUCUCAUUUUAAGACUAGUAAAAUCGAACGAAUGGAACGUAUACAUGUACAACUAACAGUAGUAUCCCGGAGAAUACACACGCCAGAGAAAGAGAAAACAUUACACACAUUCUGUCCUCUUUACGCUUGGAUUCUCUGCUAUCGAUGACUAUUUCUUCAAAACAACUUGCACGCAAAGAAUCACUAUCCAUUUUCAAACUUUCAAACCUUCCUUCAUGUGACUGUCACGAUAAAACGAAAUAAACUUACGACCAAACAUAAAAAUCGUUGUAAAGACUUAUUCACCUACAGCAAGUAGGUAUUCCGGCAUGAUAUGUUACGUUAAAAAAUUAAUUUUAACCUUAAAAUAUGCGUAAGGUAAUAUAUAAUAUGCAGUAUAUAGUACAUGAUAUCCAAAAAGUAUAUUUCUGAUAGAAAAUUGAAAUAUAAAAAAAAUACAUCAAUCGGGAUUCGUACCCGGGGUCAAGCAGCGUUACAACCUAAUACUCUACCAAUCCAUUCAACGAACCUUGCUAGAUGCUUUUAUUGUACAUCGAAA